CUCAGUCGAGAUCGCAUCCGAGGCUCACCUGUUCGGUUUAGUAGAAUCGUGUGUUAAAUUGCGCAUUUGUUGUAUCUCUCACCUCAAGCUUCCCAGCAAAAGUGCAUUCCUCCUUGAGCAUUUGCCGUGAGGUGAAGAAGUGAAUUUAGUGGCUCGUGUGGGUGGAUUUGAUCACCAUUUGGAAUUGCUGUGAAUUUGUGUAUGAGCGGGAUUUAAUAGAGUGUGGCGGUUGGAUAAAAUACACCAUCACACACUUCACAAGAAAGCUCAUUUCCACCUGGAAUUCAGUGCAAUUUAACCUUUCGCCAUCACGCAAAGAAGUGGAGCCAAAUUUUUUUUUUCGCGGGUAUAUACAACACUCAUCUGCUUUCUUGGGAAAACGAAUUAAAAUGUCGCGUUUUUCAAGUGCCUCAAGCCACUCAACACAGUGAUUCUGCAGACUGGAUACUGAACAAACAAAAUCUCAAACGAUCCUCGAACUCUUUUCAAUACACCACGGAUUUUAUUGCUCACUGGUUAAGAAAUUCUGAAUUGCAAGUGACUUGUGAAAUGGUGAAAAAUGUCCAUGGAGACUACUCCAGCAAUUCCGCGAACUGCCAAUCUUUUGGCAUGCAAACAAUGGUGGAAAGUGUGUUUCCUAUAUGGGGAUCAGGACAAAUACUAUCGACAGAUUUAUGGAAAGGCAGCCUCCAAGAGGCUAGCUAUGUCCCAAGCUCGUCAGCAGAAUCCCUCACCACAAAACGCAGGGAAUGACCCAGAUGUGAUCUUCCCCUGCAGAAGCCAUCGAGGCAUUCUGAUAACAAAGAAAAAGCCAGAAGUGGAGGAGACAAAACCCAGUAGAGUGACCAUCCUUGAUGAUCCAUUUUUACUGGGCUUAGAUCCCAUUCCGAAUGGGAAUCAAUCGAGGGAUAGUGGAAUUUCCACAGCAGAAAUACAGCAAGAACUAAAGAUUAGCGAAGAAGAGCUCAAGAAGCUCCAGCUGAGUCGAUCGAGGACUGGGUACUGUCCCAGUGAACCUCCAGGCAUCCCUCCUAGACAGUCUGAUAAAGUCUCACCACCAGUAACGCCGGUGAGAAGAUCGCUACCGAUGUCGUAUCCGCAGCAAGUAGCAUCCUCUUCACCACGCGGCUUUAUGCCGCCGCCAGCCACUUCACCGCCACAUCAUCUGCCGCCACCGUAUCCUCAGCAGCCGCCACCAUUUGUCGCCUCCCCACAGCCUUCACCGUCCACAGCCCAGAAAAUUCACCCUUUGCCGCCCAAGAGCACUCCGCCGCCGGCCGGUCAUGUGCCAAAUGCCGCCACGUCUGCUGUCCCGGCACCCUUCCAUGCACAAACCUUCCAUCCGGGCUUCCAUGCAGGCCAUUUAGUUCCUGGGCAUCAAUUGGACGUUCAAAGGCAUUCACAGUCCGACGAUGAUAGCGGAUGUGCCCUCGAAGAGUAUACAUGGGUACCACCAGGCCUCAGGCCCGAUCAGGUUCAUCUCUAUUUCUCGCAAAUUCCCGAGGAUAAAAUUCCAUACGUGAACAGCGUGGGUGAACGAUAUCGAGUUCGGCAAUUGCUCCAGCAACUUCCACCCCACGAUAAUGAGGUUCGCUAUUGCCAUUCGUUAUCGGAUGAAGAACGUAAGGAGCUUCGUUUAUUUUCGGCUCAACGAAAAAGGGAGGCUCUUGGCCGAGGAACCGUAAAGCAAGUAGCCGCUGGCCGCCAGUGCGAGGGUUGCGAGGAGGCAACAUCUCAAGGAGAUAUUGUGGUUUUCGCGGCGAGGUUCGGCCCAAAUGCCACAUGGCAUCCAGGAUGCUUCGUGUGCUGUGUCUGCAAGGAACUCCUCGUGGAUCUUAUCUAUUUCCACCGCGAUGGACGAUUGUACUGCGGAAGGCAUCAUGCUGAGACACUGAAGCCAAGAUGCUCCGCCUGCGAUGAGAUAAUCCUCGCGGACGAGUGCACGGAAGCGGAAGGACGUGCCUGGCAUAUGAAGCAUUUUGCCUGCUUCGAGUGUGACAAGCAGCUGGGUGGACAGAGGUACAUCAUGAGAGAUGGUAAGCCUUUCUGCUUGCCCUGCUUUGACGCCAUGUUUGCCGAGUACUGUGACUAUUGUGGGGAACCUAUUGGAGUAGAUCAGGGCCAGAUGAGCCACGAUGGUCAACACUGGCACGCUACGGAUCAUUGCUUCUCCUGCAAUACUUGCCGAUGUUCCCUCCUCGGAAGACCCUUCCUGCCGCGACGUGGAGCUAUUUAUUGCAGCAUCGCCUGCAGCAAAGGAGAACCCCCUACGCCUUCAGAUAGCUCCGGACCCGGCCUACGUAACCCUCCACGACCCCGUGCUAGACCCACCCAACCGACCUCUGACAAUGACUCCUCAACCCCACCUUCACCCGUCCAUGCUCCUUCCUCUCCAAUCCGACAAAUGAGGAGCCCCAAAAUGGGACGUAGAGCCCUACAGAGAAAUCCUAAAGCACUAGAUGAAUCUACACCACCUGCCGGACCCUCUACUUCCGGUCACAGUCCUGCUGCUUCACCGAGUCCAGGUGCCAGGGCCUUAGAUAGGGUUCUACAUGAGAGAAACCUCGAGAAGAUGUUGGAAAAGGGAUCUGAAUCUCCUGCAAGAACCCAAUCGCCUGAUCUACAGAGACUACUGAAUCGGGAUCGAAGUCGAGAACCUCUGGAUCUCACAGAUCUCAACUUCGAUAGUUGGCACCCACCUCCAGCCACUGCUCAUUUCCUGAUGGAGCAACAUGAAGCUGGGGUGUCAACUUCCAUGCCAGAAUUGGGAGCUGGAGAAGUAGUUCACGCUGUUGUGACAGCGGAUCAAGCAGAUUCUGUAGCAAGUCCCACAGAGCUUCCAACGCCAGAUGUCUCAGAUAUUCAGCCAGACCAAGAGGCACAAACAACUAAAAAACCAGUCAAAGGCGUCCGAUUCGAGGGUGACUUCCAGGACUCACUUCCCAGAUCACGAUCCUACUCAGGUCACUACAAAACACGCAUUAAGGCACCCGGUAGACGAGGUCGCCACCGAAAGAGCCAGUCUGAGAAUCGUCUCAAUCAACCGAAGAAGGCCCCAACUCCUCAGCCUGAACCUGAAGAGUCAGACGCCAGUUCAGUGUGUUCAACGUGCUCCUCCAGCUCCUCCAGUAGCGAUGAAGCCUACCAACUUCCACAGAGGCGCCACUAUGGUGGCGUACGUGUAAGCUACGUGCCCAAUGAUGCAUUGGCUUGUGCGAGAAACAGGAAGAAACAAACGGCACCGGAUCGCAAUGAUUCGGACAAGGACAAUAAGAAUUGCAUCAUCUCGUGAAGUCUAUUUAAAUGGAUGGACAGGUUUCAGGCCAACCCCCACAGAAAUACCUCUAAAAGCUCAAGCCUCCUGUAUUAGGAAGGUACUUUGAAUUUAACGAGGGAUAACUUUUUAAAGGCUUUAUUCCGUUUGCAAUUGAACAUAUUAAUUUCACAGAUCAUAUCACAUGGUUAAAAAAAAAUGUUAUUUUGAAACGCUCAAAAAGCGGAUGAAACUUAUUGAGUUGCCUCGCAAAGUUGCAGAGGACUGUUGACAAAUCAUUUGCCACAUAUUGCCAAUUUUUUUUGAGUAUAUAAGAAUACUUAAUUUCCUUUUAUAAUAUGCAUUAAGCAACGAAACAUUUUUAUCAAUUUCUCUAUUGACUCUAUAUAUCAAAUUCUUUGUCCUUUAACGAUGAAUUUUAAUUGAAGUUUAUUAUUUUAUAGUUAAUUUAAAACUCUCAUUACACUCCAAAGACUCCUUUAAGACAAACUCGUAAGCGCCAAGAGACUUCAUAACUCAAAUUGAAAAACUGCAAUAUUGUUUGCAAGUUUUCUAAUGUAAGUUCUUUUUUUCUACUUUUUCAAAACUGUAUUUUAGGUCUUUUUUUUAAGUAGGACAAACUGGGACAAUUUGCAAGAAAUCAGGCUACAAAUGUAAGAAAACAAAGGAUUUUUUGGUUACAUAAAGUUUCAUAAGAAAAACUAAUGAAAGAAAUUGUAUGAAAUUCUAUAUCGAAAAUACUGUAAAAGGAACAUUUGAAUAAACUUUUAGAUACUGUACAGAAUAAAA